AAGCAGCAGACCCCUCUGCAGCCAUUCAGUCGACAUGAAGGUGCACGCGGCGACACUACUCUUGCUCGGGACCCUGGCGGCCCUCGCGGCGGCCCAGGACCCUCUCGACGCCGCCUACCGCUUCGUCCAGGCGUGCGGACCUCAGGACCUGUCCAUGUGCCUCAAGCAGAGAGCGCUCAACUUUGUGGACGACGCACUUUCCAAGGGCGACAUCCCCAUCUUGAGCGGAGUCACCCUUCUGCAAACUGCCAACCCCUCAGAACGAACUGGCAAGGAGGUCAAUGACAUUCCCCGCAACGACGAAAACCCUGAAGCUCACGUCGAGUCUUUGCUGAUUGACAGAGUAGCCAGGUUUUUCAGCACUCACACCCUUCAGGUCAAAGUACCUGACGAUACCAUCUCCGACCUGAAACGCUCCAUCGAGGAAGGUCGUAAGAAGAAAAAGAAGUUCCUUCUGCCCUUCCUCCUUGCCCUGAAGCUGAAGGCAGUGGCCCUGGUGCCCCUGGUUUUGGGUGCCAUCGCCCUCCUUGCCCUGAAGGCCCUGGUCGUCGGAAAGAUCGCCCUGGCACUGUCGGCUCUGAUUGGUCUGCAAAAGCUGCUGGCCAACCAGCACAGCACCAAGACGGUGGAGGUGGUCGCCCACCCUUCGUACUCUCACGAGGAGCACCACAGCACUGGAGGCCACGGCCACUACGCGCGCAACAUCGAGCUGCCCUACAGCGCCCACAAGCCUUGAACUUGCCAAAACUUUAAUUCUUGACUCUAAUCUUCGAAUACUGUGUUCCUCCCUAUUUCUCUUGCUAUCAAAUAUGCUGUGAUGAUAUUGCCCAGCGAAGUACAAACUCUUUGCUCAAGUCUAGUUUCCUCUGUGCCUUUUUUUUAAAUCUCUGCUCUCUUUUUUUUCAUGAAAUUCCUCUCUACGCUUUAACGAGUUUUAAUUUAUUUUGCCUAAUUUAUUGUGUACAUGAGCGUGCUAAAUAAAUAUGUUGCCAAAUUUGCCCAAAGUUAAGUGCAUAUAUACCUGCGUAUUAUUAUUAUAUUAUUUUUUGCUGAAAUUCGGGCACUGUUGUCGCCAGAAUUCUUGUCUUCGUUUCAGAAAAGCAACUCCUUCCUCUGCGUGCGUGGAAAUGUGACUCACCGAGUCUUGAUUCGAAGCUUUUAUAUCUGCAAUAAAAAGUGCAAAAAGAAAUAAUCAUGAAAAUUAAGCUA